AUGUAUCGACCAAAGCCAACAUUGAAAGACCGGCAGCAUCUGUAUAAACUCAUUAUAAGCCAACUACUCUAUGAUGGCUACACAAACAUAGCUAAUAGUUUAAUCAAUGAAGUUAAACCUCAAAGUGUGGUGUCACCAUCGGAACAGUUGGUUCAGCUCGCAAAAAUUGGAAUGGAGAAUGAUGACAGUGCUGUUCAAUAUGCCAUUGGGCGCUCUGAUACAGUAGCGCCUGGUGUGGGAAUUGAUCUGGAAUUCGAUGCUGAUGUCCAGACAAUGUCUCCAGAGGCAUCAGAGUAUGAGACUUGCUACGUUACCUCCCAUAAGGGACCUUGUCGUGUUGCGACAUAUAGUCGAGAUGGCCAGCUAAUUGCUACAGGCUCUGCGGAUGCUUCGAUAAAAAUACUGGACACUGAGCGUAUGCUGGCCAAAAGUGCAAUGCCAAUUGAGGUUAUGAUGAAUGAGACAGCUCAGCAAAACAUGGAGAAUCAUCCUGUGAUCCGAACGCUUUAUGACCACGUCGAUGAAGUCACCUGCCUGGCUUUCCACCCAUCUGAACAGAUCCUUGCCUCUGGCUCAAGAGAUUACACCCUCAAACUCUUUGAUUACUCAAAACCUUCUGCUAAAAGAGCAUUUAAAUACGUACAGGAAGCAGAAAUGCUGCGUUCCAUCUCUUUUCAUCCAUCUGGAGACUUCCUUUUAGUUGGAACACAGCACCCAACCCUGCGUCUUUAUGAUGUCAACACAUUUCAAUGUUUUGUGUCCUGUAACCCUGCGGACCAGCAUACAGAUACUAUAAGCGGUGUCAGUUACAACCCUACAGCCAACAGCUAUGUCACCUGCAGCAAGGAUGGGAGCAUUAAGCUGUGGGAUGGCGUCUCCAAUCGCUGUGUGACCACUUUUGACAAGGCUCAUGACGGAGCAGAGGUCUGCUCAGCCACCUUUACGAAGAACUCAAAGUACGUCCUUUCAAGUGGGAAGGAUUCCGUGGUCAAACUGUGGGAAAUAUCAACUGGCCGGAUGUUGGUGAAAUAUACAGGUGCUGGUCUGAGUGGACGUCAGAUGCACCGUACGCAGGGCGUGUUCAAUCACACAGAAGACUACGUUCUUCUCCCUGAUGAGCGCACCAUUAGUCUGUGCUGCUGGGAUUCCCGUACUGCAGAGAGGAAAAACUUGCUUUCGCUGGGUCAUAACAACAUAGUCCGUUGCAUAGUCCACUCGCCCACCAAUCCUGGGUUCAUGACUUGCAGUGAUGACUUCAGGGCCCGUUUCUGGUACCGGCGCACCACCACAGAUUGA